AUGGCACCUAAAGUUCUCCUCAGCGAGAUUAAAUGGGCUCACGAGGAAGCAAAGGAACUAUUCGAUGGUGUGGCUGAUGUUUUGACAAUAGACAAGAACAUGGAUAGAUCCAGUUUCAUCAAGGAACUCUCUCCAGGCGGGAAAUACAGUGAAAUUGUUGCCAUCUUCAGGUCUUAUAAGGCACCCUUUGGGCCCUACGACAAGGAGCUCAUCGAUCAUUUCCCCCCGAGUCUCAAAUGGAUAGCGUCGAAUGGCGCAGGCUAUGAUAUGGUGGACGUCGAGGCUCUGAAGGCCAAGGGUAUUCAUCUCUCCAACACGCCAUCGGAAGUCGACGAUGCCACAGCUACGACCGCUCUGUACCUGAUUAUUGCUUCAAUGCGGCAAUUCUCCUGUGCAGAACGUUCUUUGCGUAAUAUGAAGUGGAAGCCUGCUGGAAUCUCCGCCGUAUCGCACGACCUCACAGGAAAGACACUGGCGAUUCUGGGACUUGGUGGUAUUGGGCUACGUAUUGCUGAGUUCGUGCAUGCUUUCCCCAUGCGCGUCAUAUAUCAUAAUCGACAGAAAGCGGUGGGCGCUCCGGAGUACUGCGAGUACUUUGAGGAUGUCGAAGAGAUGCUCAAGCAAGCCGAUAUUUUGAGUAUUAGUGUCCCUCUAAACACCCGCACUACAGGCCUCGUAGGAGAGAAAUGGAUUAGAACGAUGAAGAGGGGCUCGAUUAUCGUCAAUACGGCCCGGGGAAAAGUCCUCGAUGAAGAUGCUUUGAUUCGCGCUCUAGAGGAUGGCCAUCUUGCUUCCGUCGGUCUUGAUGUUUUACCUAACGAGCCCCACGUCAACCCCCGCCUUCUCGAAUUCCCAAAUAUCACGCUACUACCUCAUAUGGGCACAGAAACGAGAGACACGCAGCAGAAGAUGGAAGCGCGUGCUCUGACGAACAUUAGAGAUUAUCUCGUACUUGGGAUGGGCAAAGAUGUUGUUCCCGAGAUGAGAAUGUAG